AUGUUUGUUUCACCACCUCCAGCAACAGCGAGAAAUCAAGUAUUAGGGAAAAGGAAAUCAAAAAGACAUGAUGAAAAUUCAAAGAAUGUGCAACCCAGCGUUGACAUCGAAAUAACAAAAAGCCUUCCUCCUAUAGGGUUCAACAACAAUCUUCCACAUAAUAACCAAGACAUAAACACAUCAAACCACUAUAGUUUGAGCUCCAAUUCAGGGAAUGUUAGGAGCAACAAUAAUUUUGUUACCACGCCACCAGAGUAUGCAGAUAGGGCAAGAAUAGAGAUUAGAAAGAGGUUACUGCCCACUGCAGGAAUUAAACCCAUGGAUGUAAACAACGCAACUCCAGGAAAUGCGAUCAUCCAACGGAUAACUACUCCAGAUAGUCAAAGUUUUGUUUCGGAUCAUUCCUCUUCAUACGAAUCAAGCAUCUUUUCACAUCCAUCCACUGUUCUUACGCAUAUCACGACAGGCAGUUCACUAAUUGAUGCAAAGACGCCUAAGUUUGUCACAGAAGUAACGCUUGAAGAUGCUCUACCUAAGACCUUUUAUGACAUGUAUUCUCCUGAAGUUCUUAUGUCUGAUCCUGCAAAUAUACUUUACAAUGGGCGUCCCAAGUUUACAAAACGUGAGUUGCUAGACUGGGAUUUAAACGAUAUACGGUCUUUGUUAAUUGUGGAACAGUUAAGGCCAGAAUGGGGAUCCCAGUUACCUACAGUAGUGACUUCAGGUAUUAAUUUACCGCAAUUUAGAUUGCAAUUACUUCCCCUACGUUCCAGUGAUGAAUUUAUAAUAGCAACAUUAGUUAACUCAGACCUAUACAUGGAAGCAAAUCUGGACCGCAAUUUUAAGUUAACAAGUGCGAAGUAUACAGUGGCCUCGGCAAGAAAAAGACAUGAAGAAAUGACGGGAUCGAACGAGCCCAUAAUGCGUCUAUCAAAGCCUGAGUGGAGAAAUAUAAUUGAAAACUAUUUAUUGAAUGUUGCCGUCGAGGCCCAGUGUAGAUAUGACUUUAAGCAAAAGCGCUCUGAAUACAAGAGAUGGAAAUUACUAAACUCAAAUUUAAAAAGGCCCGAUAUGCCCCCUCCAAGCCUCAUACCGCAUGGUUUUUUAGCGCAUGACUGUGCUAACUCAGGUAGUCUUUUGAAAAAGGCUUUAAUAAAAAAUUUGCAACUGAAGAAUUACAAAAACGAUGCUAAGGCAUUAGGUGCUGGUACACAAAAAAAUGUCGUUAAUAAGGUGUCAUUAACUUCAGAAGAGAGGGCAGCCAUCUGGUUUCAAUGCCAAACACAGGUUUAUCAACGAUUGGGGUUAGAUUGGAAACCUGACAAAAUGUCUUAG